CAAAAUCCUCCUUCUUCCACUCCCCUCCUUAAUUUUUUUUCCAACUCUCUUCGUUGAAUCUCUCCCCAUCUAGGCUCAACAGAAGUGUAGUCUUGCCAAGGUAUGUAUGUGUCUUCUCGUUUUUGUUCAGAGCAUCCCUCGGAGCGAUUAUCGGCAGUCAUCCUCAUAUCUGGCCAAACCGGGUCGGAGGGGAUCUUCUGCAGGGUUUCCUCGCACCAAAGGCACACUGUCGCAAGCACGCUUUCCACUGUUUUUUAUUCGUUCACAUCCGACUCUGAUUUUACAUCCUCGUGCAACGUUCCUGUGGUGUGAAAGCAGCGUUAAACACCAUCCCAAGCAUCUCGACUCUGCGCUCUACCUCGGUGCUUCUGAUUCCUCGGUACUAACCCAAUAUUCGCGCAGAACCCUACUUAUCCCUCCUCAAAAUGUCUAAGCUCUUUGUUGGUGGCCUGGCCUGGCACACCACUGAUGAAACCCUCCGCCAAGGAUUCCAGGACUACGGAGUCGUCGAGGAAGCCGUCGUUGUCAAGGACCAUGAUACCAACCGCAGCCGUGGUUUCGGAUUCGUCCGGUUCGCAACCGAUGAGGAUGCCGACAAGGCUAUGGAGGCCAUGAACAACCAGGAAUUCGAUGGUCGGGUUAUCCGAGUCGACAAGGCUUCGGAGCGGCCUCGCGGCGGCGCUGGAGGUGGCGGUUUCCACGGCCGAGGUGGCUACAACCAGCGUGAAGGAGGCAAUGGAGGUUACCGUGGUGGUUACGGUGGCGGCGGUGGCUACGGCGGCGGUGGUAAUUACUAGACUGGCGUAGCCCCCAGCAGCAAUCCU